CGGAUAACGUGACACAAUCGCAGACAAAAACCCGCAUCAGAGAACAAAAGCAAAGCCCGCUCUUGCCUCUUUUCUCUUUCAUUCGCACCUUUCCUUGACGCACCUUUCUUCUCCCCAUAACAUACUUAGCACAAAAGAUCAGAAGGAAAAGGUACCCAUAAGUUAUAUAAAUAGCGUUUACUUCUAUUAGUCUUCUAUCCAAGCAGAUAUCUCAAGGUAUUUUAUUUGCCCGUAGAGGAAGAAAGAGAUAUAUUUACCAAAGCGGAUACAGGGGAAAGAGGUGAGGAAUCCAUGGCUGACCACUCCGAUGAUCUGGACCAACUUCUUGAUAGUGCUUUAGAUGAUUUUCAGAGCCUCAAUCUUACCUCCUCUGCUCAAAGUGGGGAUAAUGAAGGGAACAAGCAAGAGAAUUCUUCGAUGCCAAGUGAGGUACAGGGGCUAGGCAUGGGAUUGCCUGAUUUGAGAAGUAAGAAAAAAGGGAAGCAAAAGGUUUCAAAGGAAUCCCAUGUUUCUGAGGCUCUUGAUAAGCUAAGAGAGCAGACAAGGGAGGCUGUUAAAGGGUUGGAAUCUGUUUCAGGGCCGAAACCCAUGGAAGAGAACAUUGGAAAUGAUGCAAUGAUGGAAGAUUGGGUUAAGCAAUUUGAGGAGCUUGCUGGGUCUCAGGACAUGGAGUCUAUUGUGGAGACAAUGAUGCAGCAACUUUUGUCUAAAGAUGUUCUUCACGAACCUAUGAAAGAAAUUGGUGAAAGAUAUCCAACUUGGUUGGAAGACAAUAGAACCAAACUCAGCAGUGAAGAUUAUCAACGGUUCUCGCACCAGUAUGAACUUAUAAAAGAUUUGAACGAAGUUUAUGAAACUGACCCUGGUAACUUCAACAAGAUUGUGGAGCUCAUGCAGAAAAUGCAAGAAUGCGGGCAACCUCCCAACGACAUUGUGCAGGAGCUCGCUCCGGAAUUUGAUCUAUCAAACUUUGGACCAUUAUCUCCGGAGACGCCUGAUGCUCAACAAAAUUGUUGUAUUAUGUGAGAUGAUGUUUUCUAUAUUUCUCUAUUUUCACGCCUUUAGAUUGUCACCACAGAAGAUUUUUACGGAUUGUUUGUAGCGCCUUUAUAUCAUUAUAGGUUCUUUAUCUCAAUUAUUAUUUUUUCUCA